UUAUCGAAAAAAAAACUUGUCAGCGUUGUGAUAAAGUCACAUAAUGGAAGACAAAAUAUAUUGAAAAUUUCCCACUGUUCUUUUUUCAGCAGUAACAAUAGGUUAUUCUUUUUUAAUUUUUGUGCUCCUGUUUUGGUUCAGUUACAAAUUUUUAUUUCUGUUAUUUGUUUGUGUGGUUUGUUGUUUACUAGUGGUUGUUGUGGCAAGGAGUAUUUUAUAUCUCAUUUUUAUUAUGAUUCUUUUGGAUUGUUUUUGGUUAUUUUUUAUUUUUUUGGUGUGUUUUUAACUUUUUGUUAUUGCUAUCGUAUGAUAUAUUUAUUUCGUGUUGGUGUUUCUGCUUUUGAUCAUGUUGGUUUUUCUAGUAAGUUGUUUUAUUUUUCUUGUUUUUUAUUGGUUUUUUUUCUGUAGUUUUUACUUUUUGAUGGUUAGUUAGUUUAUUACCUAUGUCUUUAGCUUUUAAUCGUAUUGAGUUUUUGGUGGUUUACUUUUAUUUUUUGUUUUUUAUUUUUUGUUUUUUGAAUUAUUUUUUUCGUUAUUUUCUAGUUGAGUUUAAGAGUAAGUUUUUUAUGGAUCAUUAUGCUCGUUUUGUUUAUAAGUUGGUU